GCACACCCCACAUUUCAACCAAUCGGCGUCGAAGGCUAAAGGUCAUUGUUAGACCGAGUGCUGUUAUGCAUCCUGUGCAGCACGUAAGGAAAUUAAAGGAAACCUGAUUGAGUAAGAAAGCGGUUGUGUCACAGUGUUUACUUCAAUAUGAUCGCCAGUUUAUAUGUGAUUAUAGCAUAUUCAUAUUAGCAGUAAUUUUAUAAAGCAUCAGGCUGGAUUCUACGCAACAGACACGUUCAUUCUUGAGUAAAGUCGGACAAACUAGCCAUCACUUUCUAAAGACAGAACUUGGUGACACCAGCCUGCAAGGAGUAAAAAAUAAUCAUAAAGUUGCCUCUGGCAGUGCCGUUUGUAAAUCAAGUUAUCAUUCGGGUUCUGAUGCCCAGUUAACCAAUUCGCUUUCGACGUUGUGCAGCUCACCCACGUCAAAUUUAUCUGGAUUAAAUUCGGCAAUGCGGGAUUUGAAAGUUUCACAUUCACCGGUCGACAAUAAGGCAUUUCACUGCCCUAAGGCUGUGGCACUUCCACAUUACGAAUAUUGUCAUUGGGACUUUUCGCCCGAAGAGUGGGAUAGUGACAUUUGUGAGAAUGAUUAUGUAUUAAAUGAUGUUUACGUGCAAACCGAUAACCACCCGGAGAAAUUUUCACACCAUAAAAAUGAGGUAACCAUCAUCAGUCUUUACUUUACAGGCCUAGCCCCAGUGGCGUAGCGAGGGUGUUUGGCGCCCGGGGACAAGAUUCGCGCCCGGGGACAAGAUCCAAUUUUAGCGCCCCUUUUUCUUUUUUUCAACUCGUAAACCCGUUAUUUUCAUAAAUAAAAUAAUAUCAAAGCACAUUUUGGCGCCCCUAACCAGCUGGCGCCCGGGGACAUCUGCCCCCCUGCCCCCACCACGCUACGCCUCUGCCUAGCCCUAAAGACUAUAGAACUAUAGCCUUUUUGAGACUAAGUUAAGUAAUGUAGGGGAAAUAGAUUAAUUUAGACUUAUAUUUUAAAUUAAAUUAGUAAUAUCUCUUUUUCUGUGUUAGUAUUAUAUGACUGUGACAUAAAGUAAAGCCUAAACAUCUUUCUACAUUUAUUUUGAGCUUCAAUACUUUUCCCCAGAAGUAUUAGAACGGCUUGAAUAAAUUUCUGAUAAAGCAAUUAAAGGAACUGUUUUAUGUGUGCGUGUGUAAAUAUAUACACACACAUAUAUGGCUAUAUAACUAUAUAUGGCUAUAUAUAUGUAUAAUAUAUAUAUUUAAACUUUUUAUUUGCAUCAUCUUCAUAUUUACGACGUUUAAACAAAUUGGUAAUACCGGUUUAGUUUUUGAGUUAAUGUAGAAUUGAGAUGAUGGUAACUGUAUUUGAAACUAUAAUGUAGGGUGUAGACUAUUUAAUUAACCAAAGUAUUUUUAUUACAUUUGUUAUUGUUUAACGUGGUUAAAGUCAUAUUAAGUAUUACAGUAUAGUAUAGUCUUUAUUUUCUCGUUUAUAGGCAGAAAUGAGUAAAAUGAGGUAGUCCUACUGCUUUUUAUCCAUCUAAAAGAUUUUUAGAACACUGUAGUUCAAAAACGACUGUUCACGUCUCGGGUUGAUAAAUAAUUGAUCUGAACAUUCAUUCAUUAGGUCAGUGCUAGUGCUAUCUGUUAGAGUUGUUAUUUUUUUUGGGUAUGUUUAAAAAAAAAACUCAUAACCCAGCAAAGUUAUUGUGUAUGUCAUAUUUUGGAACGGUAUUUUAACCCCCCCCCCCCCAUAAUAAAUGAAUUAUUAUUCAGUAUGACUAGAAUGAGUACGGUCGGCCUUCAUCAUCUAUACUAAAUAAAUACCUACGCCUACGAAUAACGAUAUUGUGGAUAGUCUUAAGUUCUUGUGUUACCUACCGCGGACCGGUAUUCUCAAAAAACUUUGUUGUUCUGCUUAUUUUGAUUAAUAUAACAAUUUAUCAAAGUAAUAAUAUUUUUUAAUGGCCUAGGCCUAGGGCCCACUCGAUCCGAUAUUUGUUGGAACCAAAGUGAGAGGAGAAAAAAAAAUGUAUCCGUCCUGUCAAGGUAGCCAGAUCUGUGGAAAUUUCCUCUGGUUUGUUAACAUCCAAGCUCUGCUAUUUCUUUACACAUUUAUUUACCAUUAUCUGUACAACACAUCAGCCUUAACAGGGUUAUGUUACGAGUAUUCAAAUAAAUGUUGACAAUAAUUAUUUACACAAAGAUACUGUACAAUAUCCUAUUAAUAACGAUAAUUAGAGCAAAACGAAUGGAUUUUUUCCCCCGCCUCACGUCAGCUGGUGACGGCAUAGGUCAAGGUUACUUUCUUUCUCACCAGCUGUGCUGAUAGGUUUGGUUUAGCAGAGGAUGCGCGCGCAUGUCUCAUUGGGUAUUCAUAGGUGAGAGGGCAGCCUCAGUCAGCUGUUUGCAACAAAGAUCGGUUCAUCGGUUUGCUAGCUUCAUUCUCCCCUCUCUCUCUGGAUUUAGUUGCUUCUCACCAACGAAAAACAGUAUUCUUUCAUUGUAUUAAUGUCUGACUAUGAACAAUUUUCAAAAAUGGUGAUUACUUUGGAUAUUUUAAAUGUUAAUGAAAAAUCAUUCGUGAGUAUUAUUUGUUGUUUAUAAAAAAAAGUAUAUAUAUUGUAUAUACUAUAAUGAAAUGAUAAUGCUCGCAAAUCUAGGUCUGAGUCUGGCCCUUGGCACACCUACUUCUACGUCUAGAGCCGUUCUAGUUCUAAUCCUGCGCCCUCGCCUCGCCUUACUUAUGCUUAUCCCUGGGCCUGGACCAAAAUAUAUUUACUUUCGACUUUACUUUAAAUCAUGUCUCGGAAUCAUCGAUAUAUACAAUAUUAUUAAUUAUUGAUCAAUCUGAUCUGGUAUUUUACGUAUACUUAUACUAUUUAAUAAGUAAUAAGUAUAACUUAUACUUAUUAAAUAUUAAAUUAAUUUGAUGAUUUAAAAACACAUCACCGUGUUUUUAUUGUUUGAUUUUGUGCUGGUGUCGCUAAUUUAAACUUUACCAAAUUACUGAGUCUACUUGUUAUUUGCAUACAACUGAAAGAAGUUACAGACACCAUUGGCAUGCUUACCUUUGAACAAACAAGUAAUACAAUAUAAUUAUAGCAUGCAAAUUAUACUUUUCAGACUUUUCUAUGAUAUAAGUAUAAGUAAGUUUUAAUUGUAAGCAUUUAAAAAUGUUUUGACUUGAGUAAACAUUUAAUAUAGUGUAGGCGUCAUAAUUCAUAGUCAUAGGUAUAGGCCUAAAACUAAAGUAAAAAAUAAUAGUAAUAUGUAAAGUGUAUGUUACAUUGCAACUACAAAGUGUAACAAAGCAACAAUCAUUCAUUACAUGAUAUUUUUACCAACAAAUUUUGAUCAUCUUAUAUCACACUGGCCACUCAUUAAAUAUAGUAUAAGUAUAAUAAUUUUUUUUCUUUCAGUUUUUAAUUUUAAGCUGGUCUUGUAUUUGUUACGUAACAGGCCAUUUUAAUAACUAGCCCUUUUUAAAUUAUUGCUGGUUCACUGGUAUCUAAAACUGGCUCAACUACAGACUACAGGACAUUUGUCAAAUAUUUUGUAUCAAUUGAAUCAUGAACUAUAUAAUAUUACUGGGUACAACAUUCUUAUACAUUUUUUUCUCUUGUAUUCACAGAUUAUUCCAGCUCAUACCACAGAUGAACAGGUAAUUUUGUUUAAUUUAUAAACUCUAAAUUAUUUCUACCAGUUUUUAAAAUUAAUAUUGCCAAAAAAAUAAUUAUGUUAACAUAUGUUAUAUAUGUCCAAAAAAAAUUCUAAUUCUGUGAACCAAGAGUGGGCUGUAUUAUCUACACUUCAGCUAUGACUUUCAAACACUUAGACCUUAGGUUUAUGGUGUUCCUCAGAGCUAAAAUUCAGUAUACAACUUAGUUUAAUGGUGAUUUUAAUAUAUUAAUACUUAGCAACUUUUGUGUUUUACCUAUUAUUUAAAAUUAAAUUAUCUGUAUUUUAAUUUUUAAUAGCAAGAAAAUGUAUUGGUACAUGCUACCAUAACUUAUAACUUCCCUUUAGACUUGAGAGAAGUUUAUUUAAUCUAAGCACAAUGCCAUAUCAGUUUUUAAAACCUUAACUUGGUCUUGUCACUGUAUUAAGGAUGUAUCAGAAUAGCUUGAACUUUUAGUUUCGAGAUUUAAAAGAAUUCAAAUCAAAUGACCAUAAAUUUAAAAUAUUAUUUUUCCAUUUACAUAAAAUAUUUAACAAAAAUUAUGCCAUGGUGUUUUUCGUUAAUUAGCUAAUUACCACACUACAAAGUUGUCCAGGCAAAUGUAGCAAGAUCAGCUACAUAUCGAGUUAAAAAUUGAACUCAAAAUUAAUCAAAGUGAAUUGAAAAAUUCUUUAUCGGCCUUUGAACUGCUACAUUUAUUCAAUUACAUGCCUACAGAAUGAACUUUAUAUGGUAUGAAGUACAGGAAAGUUUAAUUUGAAAAUGUUGAUAACGGUUAAAUAUUAUGGCAUGUUAUUUUUCAUUUAUUUCAUAGUACUGUACUGUAUGGCCUCGGUUUAUUUUGACAUGGUGAUAGCACAUUGAACUUGCUGUAGGCCAACUAGUUUUAUAAAUAUUAUAAACAUUUACCUGGCUGUUACAGGAUUAUUUUAUAGCAGCUUAUUGCUUAUUACAUACUCAUAAAUGUAAAGUAAACUGGCUUUAAAUAGUUUUAGAGAGAAUAAUCAUGAUUUCAGUAUACGAUAUAUAUUAAAUAAUAUCAGCCAAAUGAAAAAUUCAAAUAAUUUUAUGUAAUAAAUUUCCAAAUUAAACAACUUUUAUUGCCCCAUGUGUUAACACAACCGUAGUAUAAUCUAAGACCGAAGAGUUUACUACUGGCAAAGUGGAUUAUAAAGAUGGUGUUCAUUUAUCCCUUUACAACACUACUUGCUCUCAAGUUAAUAAUUAAUCAUAUAGUUAGGUUCAUUGUGGAAUUAAAUUUGGCAAAAAAGGCAAUUAUAUGGCACAAAAAGAAUCCUAAACUUAAUUUUUUUGCCCAUUGGCUUAGCACAUUUUAAAAGUUUUUUAAAGACAGUAGCUAUUUAUGAUAAUUUAAGCAUUUAAGUGAUAUCUUGUGGUUGGCCACUCACCAAUAGGACCUGAUUACGCAAUAUCGAGGUUAACUUCUAUAUCAUUUUAUGCACCGAAUCUGCAAUUGGUCAGUGUGAAGAGUUUUUUGUUUUUACCAAGUAAAUUACGGUCAUUAUCUUAAUUUGAACAGGAAAAGAAUCAUUAACCACUUAUCAAAUUUUCAGUGUUAUCACUUUCAAGGAUCAUUGCUUAAAUUUUACUUCUUCAAAAUCUCUUUCUUAGUUCUUAGGUUUCUAGUUUCUAGCUAAUCACUUAUUUCACUUGUUAAUUAAAACUGUCCUUUUCCAUGUCAUGUUAAUGUUAUAAAGGGUGCAAAGUCUUAUAGUCCCUUAAAAAGACAGAUUUCUUAUUACUAUAGAUCUAGUUAUUAAAUUUGAUAAAUUUUCAAUAAUAAAUAAGCCAUAAAAAUUACAUUAGCAUGAUUUAAAGUUGUUUUGAAAUUGGUAUUAUAUAUUAACAUUUCAUUCAGAAGAGCUUGAUAGUAGAUUCCAUUAAAAUUGAUUUGUUUGGGAGGGGUGGUUUGAGAUUUUGACUGUCCAGAGGCUCGAGGGAUCAUGUCUUAACGUGGUUGCACGGUUCUCGUUUUGAAUAUAAUAUAUAUAAAUAUAAUUUUUAACAUAUGUGAGUGUGAGUGAAUGUGAUUAAAUUAUCAGUGCAAAAAAGCUGUGUUUUUUUUCUCCAACUUCAUACCUCGGCUCGAACCUGACAUGGUUUAAUAUGGUCUACCUACCGAUACAUUAUACAUAAAUAAAUAUUAUUUAUUUUUAAUUCAUAACAUUAAAAUUAAGUUUCGUUAUUUUUUAAAAGCGAUUUCAAUGAGAUCAUAUAAUUAUAAGGAGGUUGUCGAUUGAUUCACACGGCCACGUUGCAUAAAAUUAAUAAAUAAUGAGUAAAACUAAAGCAUACUUUUAGUCUUACUCUUCUUACUUCUUACUAAUAAUUUUAUUAUAGGAACUUUCUUUGACAUACUUUUUUAUUUUUUUAAUAAUUAUUGAAUGAAUUAUUGUCUGAUUUACAAUAAAAGACAUAAUUUUAAAGUUACAGUUAAGGCUAAGGCUAAGGGGGCAGGGGUAGCGACUAUACUAACUAUAAAAUAAACUAUAAGUAUAAGCGUUAGUAGAAUUAGAUCUAGCCUUGAAUCUUAGCCUUAAUUAUUCGUUUUCUAUUUCAAAUUGGAUUAAAAAGUGUAAGGGGCGAAGGUGAUGCAAUCUCACUUUUUAACCAACCAAUCCGUAUCAACACCGGGUGCCGGUUCACGCCACAACUGUAUGUGAAUGGCUCGUGCAUGUCAAGCACGCACCAAUCAUCUUCCGGGUCACGUCAAAAUAAUUUCCUACUAGCAACGUCUGAUGCAAGAUCGCGGUAACCAGUCGCUGGUGUAUAAAUAUGGGCUGUUGUUGAGUGGGUUCUUCACUAUCUCUUCUGCAAAUACACAAAUUACACCGUUUUCACGAUUUUAUCUUUUUCUUAAAAGAUGAUGAAAAUAUCAACCUAUCGUCUCGUUAUCAGUGCUGCCGAAAUCCAGGACCGUGUUCUUGCUCCACAAUUACUGUCAUUAUCUUUGCUGCCGGCACUUUCAUUACGACCGUCGAGGAUACCGUUGAACUCGUAGAACGGCGAAAAUGUCGCUGUAGCUCGUCUCUUCUAUUUAUCAUGGGGACUUGAGCGUAUUAUAAAUUUUAGAUUUCCGUUUGUAUCAGUUUAGUGGUUUUCAGUUAGUGUAUGAAUAGCUUGGUUGUAUUUUUUUCUUUGGAUCCAGCGUUGUCACUCAUACUCACACUCAUCACUAUUCAGUAGCCUACAAAAAUACUUACCAGUUUUAGUUUUAGUAACAGUGUCUUUAACUUUAGUGGUCGUUUUUAGUAUGAUAAUAGUAUAAUCGUUGCGUGUGAACAGUAAAUUGUCUGCUCGAAGUAUAUUUAUAUAAUAACGCAGCACAGUCAAUUAUCAACCAAUUCGUUAUAUAGUAUUGGCAUUAAUCAUUAAUAAGUUUAAGCGUAAUAUAACUACACGCCAGCAACUAAAACUAUAAAAUAAAAAAAUGGGGCGUCUUAUGACUCAUUUUUUUACAAGUCACAUUUGGACUGAGUUUACUUCAGAGGUAAGUUACCAUAAUCAUAAUUGAACACUAUUUUAUUUAGCAAUACUUACUUAUACUUAGCCCUGAAACAUCACUAUUUAAUUUGGUUAAAAAUAAUAAUGCUUAGGCCUAAAUCAAUCAAGUUAUAAGCUUAUUUAUUAGUACAGGCCUGCACAACUUACGCGCAUGGGCGGGCCGCAAAGUAACAAAAUGUCCUUUAUUAUUGUUAUUUUCUUAAUAGCUUUCAACCCUGUCCUAUUAUCUUUUGGCCCCCACAAGUUUUUCAUAAUGUGUUACUGUUACUUUGCAGGACUAAUAAUUAUUACAUUAAAAUUUUUAGUGUAGCUAACUAAUUAUCGUUCUGACAUUCGAACGAAAGAAUGUGCUAUAGACUCCCAUAUCUGUUUGUGACUGAUAUAAAUGUAAGAAUGAGGUAAAAAAUAUAAAUUAUAUGCAUAAGUAUAUGAACAUGGAUAUUCUGCACAUGGUGAUUAGGGAACACAUUUUUAUAAGGAAUACAAUGAAAAUAUGAUGAUCCUAAAACGCAUUUUACACAUUAGAAGUUCAUUUAGUAGAGGGGGUGACAUAUCCCAUUGUGUUAAAUUAAUAAAUAAUAAGAGAUCUGGACUGUGUAACUGUAAAGCUCAAGUUAUUUUCUUUAUUUUGAAACAAGGAGAGCUGGCACACACAUUGAAUUGGUGUCUCAAAAGUAUGAGAAGUUUAUUGAUAUUGUUAAUGUCAGCACGAAAGUAUAAAUUAUAAAGGGAAUUUUAUCCACAUUGUAAUGAUUGUUGGAUGGAGUAGUGGUGGUGGGGAUGUGAUAUCAGUUAUUCAAAUACCCAUAACACUCUCACUUGUCAGGAUGGAUUUUUGCAAUAACAAAAGUUCAAAAGAACUAUAAAAUCCCUUCACCUUAUGUUAUACAGCCUUAAGUUUAAGUAGGGUCCCUAGCGACAGCAUGUUUAACAAAUAACCGCGUCACGAAAAUGCAUAAUUUGUGUGAAUGAGUUUGUGUGUGUGUAAGUAUUUUCCUAUUAAACUUACACACUUGAAUACUAGAUUUUUGUCACGUUGCUAAUAAUUUAGAGUUAUUGUAAGGACGGGGUCUAAAAUUAGUGCGUCCCCAACGAAAUCAAAGAUCGGAAGAAACUAAUAUUAAUAUUAAUAUGUUUCAACAGAAUCUGCUGUACCGGUUCUAUAAUUCUACUGUAGGGCGCUUCUAGGCUUUGGCUGUAAUGGAAGUAAAAUGUUGCCAAACUAGUCUUCCCAUGCUGUGGGAAACUUAAAGUUCUGUCCAGCCUGACCCAUUCCCCCCCUUUUUUUUUAAAUGUAAAAAAAAAAAUAAAAAAAUAGUGAAAAUUAUGACCUUGACAUCCAGGUUAACUUUUCACCCCUAGCCGGUUGCAUACUUUCUAAAAAUAAAUGAACGCCUGUUUCGUCAUGGAUAUUCUGGUCCUGCUCUCUUAGUCAGUUGUCUAAAUUUUCAGGUCAACAUUGCGAUGUCAACACAUGAUUUUAAAAAAAAAAUUUAAUGACUAAUUCUUGUCCUACUUCAAGUUGUUAAAAAUGUUUUAUAAAAAUAAAUUGGUUAUUGAAAAAAAAAAAAAACCACAUACUGGAUAUAAUUUCUAAUUUUCUUAUCAUUUAUCGUGUACUAAGAGUACUAAAUUUUUUGUGUAAUUAUUAUUUUAUCUUUUCAAGUAUUUAUGUCAUCCACAUUGCUAGUCAUUUUUUGUUGUUGCUGAAAAGUGUGUUGGGGGGGGGUGGUCAAUUUAUGAUGCAGCUACACUUGUUAAUUUUUUUCAUUAAUUUAAUGAAAAAGAGAUUUUACAGCACAUUAAUCAUUAAUAUUACAAAAUUUACUUUAAUUUAAGCACUUUAUCAGUGAUUUAAUAAGCCGGCAUUUUAUGCCUUCAUAUUAAAAGGUUUAACAUAUUUCAAAGACAGGCUUGUGUCAUCUAUUGACUAAAUGAUAUUGUGAAUUUGUCUUUACUUAGUAACAUGUUGGACUUUCCUGUACAUUUUAAAAUUAGACAUAAAUUCCAGGUCAGGCUUAUUAUUUAAAUAAAUCAAGAUGAUUAGCACACCUUGAUUACCAUUUUUAUCUUUUUUCUAUUUAUACUGUGCAUGUAAGGCAAAGCUGUUUGGGUUUAUUGACUGAAAUAAAAGUAUGCAGCCAAGGGCUGACAUUUUUAUGAUGUGAAUAGUGUAUGGCUAUUGGAUGCUUUAUAGGAAAGGCAUCUGCUGGCCAAAUAAGUUGUUGGUUAUCACUAGAUGUUCAAUGUAUUUGAUCUUGUUAAAAGUACUUGAUGGAUUUUUUUUGUCAUUGCAAUAAGUGUUAGGGUUGCAGUGAUUAAUAAACUAGAAAUGCUGCUUUGAAGGAUAGGUAAGAGUCAUUGAUAUAACUCAGUCUUCAAGAUGGGGUUAUACUGCUGCAGUACUACUGGACUUCAGAAUGAUCUUAACUAACUCUACCGACUUGUGCUUGGCCAUGUUAGAAAUAAUUUUCAAAAAGUCUUUUUUUUUGCAUUUCUUUUCAGACCCAUAGUGUUUUCAUGGAUGCUUUCAUGCAAAACAAUAGAUUAGAUCAUAUAAGCCAGGUGAUGGGAUACCACCCAGAUUAUCUGAGGAAUUUUUUAACUACCCAGAACUACCUACUCAGUGAAGAUGGUCCGUUGCCAUAUGAUUACAGGCAUUACAUUGCAAUCAUAGUAAGUAACUACAAUUUUAAAGUGUUGAUGGCAUUGCUAGGUUUUAGUUUGCUAAUAUGUCCAGCGAUGCCUAUCUAUGUUCAAGGCAAAAAAAAAAAAAGCUAAUCAUGCCUAAGUAGUGCACUUUUUGAAAGGCUUUCCAACAUAAAACUAUCUUGACUUUAUAAUUAUUUAGGCUAUCUUUAUUUUGGUACAUGCAUUUAAUAAUUCAGUCAUUAUUCAUUACAUUUUCAUUGUUUUAUUGGGAAAUGUGACAUUUCAAAACCCUAAUAGCCUAAUUUUAAAAAUUCCAGAUCCACCUUUUACUCUUCAGAAUUCAUUUAUUUGAUAGUUGUUGGGUGAGGGUUUAAAUGACUCACCAAAAAUUUAUCUUAACAGUGUGAUAAUUUUCAGAGAUUAUUUGUGUCUUGCUUACUAACCUGCCUUUAAAAAUGUUACUGCCUAUUGAUGGCCUAUCUUACCAAGUGAUAGCAUGGGAUGAAUUUUUUAAAAUGCUGAGUUCUGUAAAAAUUCACUGGGGUUCUUUAAACACAUGAUUUUAAUUGUUCAGACGACAACAGUUGACUUCAAAGCUUUAAAAAAUGUAUUCCAGCUCACACAGAACUUUUUACAAGGGAAACCAUUUUAAAAAAAAAAAUCAUUUUCCUUACUUCUUAAGCCAUAGCAUAUUUUCUGACAUUAAAUCUGGUUUCAAAGAUAAUGUCUCUCCUGUGCAUGACAGGUGAGGUGAAGGGCACAGUUAAUCAGAUAGAGCAAAGGCAGAUGGGGUUGCUUAGCUUUAACACAUGAUAAUUAUGUGAAGUGGCAAGCCAUUCACCUGGAUUUGCUCCAGUUUUUUAACAAAGAUAAUGGGAUAUGGCCUUGGUUUCAGUGGAAAGAUUAUUGUAAACUGGGGGAGGUGGGGGGAGGGUAAAACUCUUCAGUGUGUAGAAGGCUAAGUUUGGUGUCUGUGAACUUACCCCUAAUUAAAAACACUUAUUAAAAUUAAUUAUUAUACCUGUCCCCAAUAUAUUUUCAUACAGCAAACUUAAACAUGGUUUAUUUCAAGUAGAACCUGCAUGGUUUUAAAAGAUCUUUACUUUAUUGUCAAGCUGUCGUCAAUCAGAAGGAAAUUGAAUUUACAAAUUAUCACUAGAGAAAUUUUAACCCUGAAGCUAAAUUAUCUUACAUGAUCAUGUGAUGCUCUCAAUUAAUUGUGAGAGAUAAACCUUUUUUUAAAAAAAAAUCUAGUUAAGUCUGUUUAUCAUUGUGCCCUUCUGCCUUCUUUUAUAUACAAAAUAUCUUAAUUUUUGCCAACUUUCACCACUAUAUUUGAUCUUGUCCGCUUGUGGUUAUUAUUAAUUCCUCUGAAAAUGUUACAAGCUUUGUGAUACUUUUUUUUUCAGGCUGCAGCUCGACACAAUUGUACAUAUCUGGUCAAAUUACAUGAACAAGACUUUCUCUGUCACAAUGGCAACCCAGAGUGGUUGAAAGGUAUAAGUCACGCCCCUCGCAAAAUUCAGGACCUCUAUGAGAUCAACAAAAUUUUGGCACACCGCCCAUGGCUUAUAACAAAGGAACACAUGGCGGUAAGCACUGAUUUGAAAAUUUUUCAGGACGUGUCUUUUUUUGGGUUAUUUAAUAAUAAAAAAUUGUCUUUUUUCCUUCGUUAAUAAUUAUUAAAUUAUUUUUGUUGCUUCAUUUAGCUUAAGAUGAUAUGCAAAUGUAAUAUUGAAUAUUAACCUUUUUCUUUUUCAUUUUGUUAUAGAAGCUUUUAAAGAGUCCAGAACCCUGGUCACUGUCAGAGCUGAUGCACGCUAUUAUACUGUUGACCCACUUUCACUCAUUGUGUUCAUUUGUGUAUGGGUGUGGAAUCACUGCUGAGCUGGACAUUGAUGGUUUCACCUACAGUCGGUCUAGGAGCUCUGGAAGUGACUCAGAUUCUAGCAGUGACACCAACAGUGAAACUGGGGAGACCCUUAACUAUACUCACCUACAAGUAAGCAGUUUUACAAAUAGUACAAUUGACUUGAUUUUUCUUACUGGUGAAUUUUCUCUAAAAUCAAUACUGUAGUUUUCUUAUCAUUAAAAAUUCUUCAAGUAAAUUAACAUGAAGCGCUGUCUCUUUAUCUCAAUUUUUCAUUAUAUAAAGACUUAAGCUUAAAGGGUUUUAUUUACCUUAACUUAACAGUUAUUAAAAUUAGUGCCUGCAAAAUAAAAUAUUUUGCUAAAAAUUAUUCGCACUUGUUUCAUACGAGUCAGUUAGGAAAGUAAACAAAUUUGCAAAAAGAAGGUUUACUAAAUUGUAUCUUUUUUCUUGGGUUAGCUUUGUGAUUGACAUUAAAAUUGCAAUGCAUAAAUCAUUUCCAGAGUAAUAUUAUAUUUAUUUUUCUUCAUAGGCAUUAAAAGAUGAGACCGGAAUAGGUCUGGAGGCUCUGAUGGAGAAAAUGAGGAAACUGAAUGAAAAUUCUUCAGAAGAAACCACCCCAGAGGAGUUACUCAAGCGCUUCCAGUCUGUUGAACACCAAAGUGCUGAAAGUAAGUCCCCUGGUUACAGCUGGGCAUAUAAAUACCAUCUGUUUUCAUCUUGCCACUUGUCAUUUGUAUUUGAGAAAACAGUAGUUAAAUCUUUCAAUUUACAGAAACAAAAAUGCCUAAUUAUCUAAAUUCAUUUGUCUCUUUUAAUCAGGGUGAUAUUUCAUUUUCAAGUUAUUUUUUGUUGUUGUAAAAUAUGUAUAUAAGCACCCAAAAUAAAUUAAAUAUGUUCACUCCCACACACACACUUGGAAUUAAAACUUGAGUUCCAUAUCAAUUGGCUUUUUCAAUAUUGGUCAAUAACUUAAUCUUCAUGUAUAUAUAUUUUUGUAUUUUAGUCACUGUCCCAUCCACCAAGAAAUCCUUUACCAAAUCUGAUAUUCUGCGCUAUGUGGUGGAUGAAGAGUUUUCCUAUACAGACUUUGUCACCCAAGAUAAAGUGAGUGAAGUCCCCACCUUCAGGGCUUGUGACUACUCGUGGGAUGACCAUGGCUUCUCUCUUGCCAACAGAUUGUACUCAGACAUUGGCAACUUGUUGGAUGAGAAGUACUCAAUGGCAGCCAAUCUAACCUACUACACGUAAGCACUGAGAAGUUCAAACUGCUUUUGCUAGUGCAAUUUAUCUUAAUGAAAUUAUUUAUGAAAAAAUUUAUUUUUUAGCUCUGAAAUUUAUUAUAAUUUUGUUACAUUAUCUGCACAAUGCCAGAUGUGAAAAUUGUUUGAUCUCCUCGUUUUCAGAAUGGGUGAUAACCGGGAGGUAGAUACUUCUUCUUUUCGUAGAGCCAUCUGGAACUACAUCCACUGCAUGUAUGGGAUACGUCAUGAUGACUAUGACUAUUCAGAGGUAAAAAAAAAUAAGCGCAUGAUUCUGUUGUUUCUCUUCUUCCUAAAGUUCAGUGCCAUAAUAAACACAGUGUAAUUUGACCAAUCAAAUACAGCCUUUUUAAAUUAAUGCCUUAAUUAUUGUGUGGUCCUAAGCUUGAUUUACAUUGAAUUAUCGUUAGUUAUACACUUUCCUAUUCCUUAUCUCAGGUGAACCAACUUUUGGAGAGAAAUCUGAAAGCAUAUAUAAAGACACUGACUUGUUACCCAGAGCGCCUGCAGAAAAAGGACUACGAUGGAGUCAUGAGAGAGUUCAAACAUUCUGAAAAAGUAAGGACUUUUUUUUUUUGUUGAAAUUUUCAAAUCUUUUAUUGUUUCAUUGAUAAACCACAAUGACAUAAAAUUUGGUUCUUGGACUAUUUUCUUUCAAUAAUUUGUGCAACAUCUACACAUUGUCACUUCAUUUCCUACAGGUCCAUGUUAACCUCAUGUUGAUGGAGGCCCGCCAGCAAGCUGAAUUGCUGUACGCACUACGUGCACUAAACAGGUACAUGACAUAAGUGGACUCGGCCUCCUCAAGUUGGAAAUUUUUGUGUCCCCCUUGCCGGCUGUGUGCCCGUUGACCCAGACCUGAAACAAAAUUGGGUUUUCACCAUGGAGAGCUGCUGAAAUAACAAGGAAAGAAAUUGGACCUUGUUCAUUGGAUUUAUGAUGAUGGCAAGUUGUUUAAAGACUUCUGUCUGAAAUGAUGCUUUUAAAACAACAUAAAAAUUGCUGCUAUUCAUCACCCCCCCUCCUCCUCCAGUUGGUACAUUGCAAUGAAAUGGCAUUUAUUUCAAAUGGCAACUGUUGUAUUUUGUAACUAUCUCUGUAAAGUCUGUGAACAUUUGAGCCGUGUAACAAUCAUGAAGAUGGAUCAUUUUUUUAACCAAAUAAAAGAUGUUGAAAAUAUGAGCUCUUUAAAAAGUUCUUUGGCUCUAACUAUUUAUAUAAGGAUUUCUCAUUUAGGGGCAAAUCAUUUAGAUCAUAAUUAAGUUUUUCUUCUGUUCAAUGUCACCAAAGUUUUUAAUGCAGGUUGUCCAGAUUUGUACAUGUGGUUAAAUUUUUUUUUAAAUAGUAAAAGAAAAUUUAUUGAUGAAACUUUUGACAAGACUGCCUUCUUGGAGUUUGAUUGUGUUACUGAUGUGCUCAUUUAAAAUAAUUUUUAAAAAAUAGGAGGUGUUGUUAUUGACAUGUCAAACACUGCAAAACCAAAUAAGGCAUAUAAAUCAGAACUAAUAUAAUAUUUGCAUUAGAUUUAUUUUUGACAAACAUUUUUGACAUUCUCUGAGCCUCUCAUGUUAGUUAAUAUCAUGUUCACAUAAAUAUUCACUAUGACAGAUUAUCCUGCCAUAUAUUGCUGCUGUACUGGGAUAAACAAUUUAUUUGAAAGUGGAUUUGGCGGGGGGGGGGAGGGGGAGAGAUGAUAGGAAGGCAGUUGAUUCUUUUGGUUUAUUGAAGGCAUUUCGGCCAAGGUGGCUUCAUGUUAGUUAAUAUCAUGUUCACAUAAAUAUUCACUAUGACAGAUUAUCCUGCCAUAUAUUGCUGCUGUACUGGGAUAAACAAUUUAUUUGAAAGUGGAUUUGGCGGGGGGGGGGGAGGGGGAGAGAUGAUAGGAAGGCAGUUGAUUCUUUUGUUUUAUUGAAGGCAUUUCGGCCAAGGUGGCAAUGGGAUAUUAACGUAUAUGCUUGACACAUUGGCUCGUCUGUGCCUUCAUUAAAUACCUUAUGAUCCAAGCAAUGUUGUCGAUACUAACAAGAAGUCCAGUGGUUUGUUUGACCAGAAACUAUUCCGUCUGUUUGGGGGACUGAUCAUAUCUGUACACACAUCUUUCUUUAUAUUAAAGAAGGAAAAGAAAUUGGUUAUUCCUUGACACUAAAGAUAUUAACUUUUUGAGAAAAAAAUUUUUUUUACAUACCUAUAAUUUUAACACUAAAAAUGUGAAGGAUGUGUGUGUGUGAGAGAGAAUUAAACAAAGGAGAGUUCAACUUCAUUUACCCAAAGAACAAGAUAGUUUGUAAAUAUGCAAGAGAACAUUUCAACCAACUCAAGUGGACUGACUAUACACAACACUGGAUGUCUUUCUGUGCAAUGCCAACCAUUAAUUUAAUAUUUUUUAAAACAAUGUUUUAUGUCAAAGAAAUGACAGUUUGCUUGGAUCGGCAUUCUGCUCUGAAUUUAAUAGUGCUGAUGGGGGGGGGGGGGUGUUAUAUAUUGAUACCCUCAUUUGUCUUGUGCUUUGACCUUUUUUUUUUUGUGGGUGAGUUACGACCUGAUUAAAAUUAAGAAAACAAAGUAAAACAUUUUCCAACUCAUGAAAUGCUAAAUAACAAUGACUAUUCUAAAGGGUAGAUGUACAACUAGUCUCCAUGCAUUAUACGGUACCUGUACCAAAAAGGAAAUAAAUGAUCAAUUCAAAUCUUAAAAACUUGGGCACACGCCUUUAUUUAUUCAAAAGUUAUUGUACUUUAUACUUCAUUUAUAAUUUGUUGGGCUUUUUUUUACUUGCAAGUGUCGAGCACUUAACUAAUUUGUGUUGAGUUAAACAUUAACCCUUGAAAAGUGCCUCUCAGUUAUCUGAUUAUGAUCGAACAAAGUCACCACUCACGGCAGUGUUGUUUACGGCAAUCCAAGUUUACAAAAUUUAAUUUUAUUUAUAAGACUCAACAACCAACUUCUGGUGUCUUCACAAUACAAAAUUGGAACUGAGAUUGGGUGUUCAAGUACAUCGACUGAUGUUUUAAAAGUAUACAAGUAUAUAUAAAAUUAAAUCUUUUUUUUUUUUUUUAAAGGCAUUAAAUAAAUGUUAAGUGAAAUGAAAAUCCUUUUGAGGUGAUAGAUGUAAAUUUAGGUAUGGAGGGAAUGGGAACUAUUUCUUUUUUGACCGUAAAUUGGAACUGAGAUUGGGUGUUCAAGUACAUCGACUGAUGUUUUAAAAGUAUACAAGUAUAUAUAAAAUUAAAUCUUUUUUUUUUUUUUUUAAAGGCAUUAAAUAAAUGUUAAGUGAAAUGAAAAUCCUUUUGAGGUGAUAGAUGUAAAUUUCGGUAUGGAGGGAAUGGGAACUAUUUCUUUCUUGACCGCAGGAGGAAGAGAGUUGAUUUGAGCGAAGGGACAAAAAGGCGUGCACCCCCCAAAGUCUUUCAAAUGAAUGCAGUGGUGCUUUGAACCAUUUGGUCUGCCUCUAUCUGGCCAAUAUCAUUGUGCUCUGAUUGACACAAGCAAUGUUGGGAUUUUUUCAUUAUGUCAGAAUGAAUGUUUCAGUAUGCUAAUUAAUAAUGAAGCUUUUAAUAAAUUCUCCUCUGUAGAUCAAUAGUUUGUUUGCCCUAUUCAUUUGUAUAAAAUAUGAACCUGCUAACUUUUUUUUUUACGUUUGCCUUUUCAAAUGAGGUUUUGAUUUUUGAUGUAUCAAAAUGUUCUGAAAGUGGUCAUUAUUUGAAAAAAUCUCAAAAUCGUGUUUAAAAAAUAUAUUUAAAAAAAAAAAAAUUACAAUGACAAUAAAUUUUAAACCAAAGAUAUUUAAAAAAAACACAAAAAAACAGUUGUUUCUGCUUGAUAUGUAGCAGGUCCAUCUGUUGUAGUGUAUUUGUAUUGAUGCUUGUAUCACCAUAGCAAUUGGUUGGUGGUAUCUGAUCUCUGUUCAAGUAACUCUGUUUGUUGCUGCCACCUCAUUAUGCAAAACUUGGUUGAAUUCCUCAAGAGUUGGGGCAGCAGCUUUUGAGGAGGGAAUAUUUAGUAGUCAAACAAAUGCACGCUACUUAAUCUUUUGUCAUGUCAUGUAUCCCUUCUUUCCCAACCCCCCCCCCCCUCUUUUUUUUUCCAUCACUGCACAUUGUGCUUAUGGUGUAGUGUAAAUUAGGGGGGCAAGGGGGGAGGGUGUUGGCUUUCUUGUUUUUUUGCUGUUAGGCAUUUCAUCAUUUGUCAGCCACCAGCUUAACAGCCUAGACAGUUUUAGUUCUAUCAGAACAUUUGCCUGAAACACCACUCCACCCUCGAUCUUCUGUCCUGCUGGUAAGGGUUGAUCACCUUCAGCCCUGUUAUUAUAAUUCUUGUGUGAUCUCAUCGUGUCUAUGACAUCUCUUGUUCUUCCAGACAUUCAGUUUGAAGGCUAAUUAAACUCGGAAAAGUAGAAUGUUCUAAAAAAUUCCUAGUCCUAAAUUUACAUGACUAUAUUCGUGUGUGUGUGUGGAUUUUUAAUCAGAACUGCAUGAGGAAGUGGGUAAAAAAAAAUAGUUUUUUUUUUUUGUGUAGAGUCUUAUACUUGUAUUAUUAUUGUAUAUCAUCACUGUAGUUUUAAAAAAAAGUGAAGUCAGGUUUUUCUACAUUUUACAGUAAACUCUUACAAACCUGACAACUUUGAAAUGAACUUUAUUGCAUAGAUUAUGUGACAGAAAAAGUACUCCAUACUCUUUGCAAUUUUGAAAAAAAAAAUUAUUUAGGACAUGAAAAGUCAUGUGAUCUUGAAAAAUCGGAAUUUGGAAUUAGGAGGGUUACAUCUGCACUAUUAGAGUUGCAACGACCAAAUUAAUUGAUAUUGAUAGACCCAGAAUGGCUUUUUUUUUACAGCUUAAUACUAAAACAAAUGUAAUAAAUAUUAUAGUUGUAACACUAUGGGGCUGCUUUAUUAACGAUGAGGAUUAUUUUAUCACCAUAACUAGUUGGAAUAGAAAAACAGCCCUUUUUUUAUAUGUAAAUUUUCUGUAUGUAAUGUUAUAUUUUUGCUUUGAACCAUUAGACAAUCAGAGUGACAUGUGAAAGAGGAUGUGUUAUGGUGCCUUACUGAGACACCUUUAGUGAUUCACAUUAUUGAAACACCGUUAGGUUUAGAUGGUCCUGUUAUCGAAACACCAUUAGCUGGUCACAUGACUGGAAAAAACAUUAGUAGGUCACAUUAUUGAAACACCUUUUGGAUUUAGUAGGUCACAUUAUUGAAACGGGUUCAGUUGGUUACUCCUCUAACCUCCAUCAUAUCUAGUCAGAAUUUAAUUGGAUCCAUAUUCACCAACAUUGCAUUUAGUGAGUUGGAUUGCUCCAUGCCUACUCCAUGCUUAGUUCUGAUGUGCGAAUGACCAUCUUGAGAGUAUUGGCUUACCACUGGCUGAUGGUACAGUGCUGGCCACCAUUGGCUGAUGGUACCGUGCUGGCCACCACUGGCUGAUGGUACCGUGCUGGCCACCACUGGCUGAUGGUACUGUGCUGGCCACCAUUGGCUGAUGGUAGCGUGCUGACACAGUAUUAUUUCUAUUAAAUUGUUGUGGCUGAUUAUAUUAUUUGUUUUUGUCAUAAUACAUUAAAAUGAGAGUGGAUAACUGUUGUACAUUUCAUAUUUUAUACAUUGUCUUUGUUUUCCCUACACUUUCUUACACAUGUGACACAGGUCGCUUUCAAUGAAGUUAUUAAAAUAUGCUAAACAAUAAAAAAAAAAAUUAUA